AUGGACACUAGAGGCUCAUUUUCCUGUGGUUUCCUCUUGCUGCUUCUUGUCCAGCUGCAGCCCAGCAGGGCCAACCCCAUCUACAACCUCAGCCCUGCCAAAGAACUGGCCAGCAUGGAGGCUCUUCUGGAGAGACUGGAGGAUAAGUUUGCACUGAUUGAAGCUCUGGAGUCCAAUCCUGACCUGCAAGAGCCCCAAACCCAAGAGGAGAUUCCACCAGAACUCAUAGAUGACAACGAUGAGCAGAAGGCUGAACCCAAUCUAAGAUCCAACACUCCUCUGUCCUACAGGAACCCCUUCCUCAAGAGACUGAGGGGGGUGCAGAUGCCCCGGAUGAUGAGAGAUUCUGGCUGCUUUGGCAGAAGAAUUGAUAGGAUUGGCUCCCUGAGUGGAAUGGGUUGCAAUGGUGAGUCCAACUUAAGCCAUUCUGGUGAAAAGGCGGACUGCAUUUAUGUUUUUGCAGCAAGGGAGGAGCAAGGUUUCAUUAAAAUCUUUAACAAUAAGAAAUCAUUAAACACUCUGAGUAAAAAGGAGCUCAUUUUAGUCUAA